AUGACUGAUCUUCCCCAAGAAUUACAUCCCGAAUCGAACUCUGUUCCCAGGCCGGCAAGCCAUUUGAGAGCGGCGGACGGCCACAAUGUGGACGGGUGGGCGGACGAGGACAUCCGAACUUACAACGAAUUGCUCAACGAAAGAGCAAAGCUCGAAAAAGAAAAGAACGAGCUGGAGCAGAAAUCCUCCAGACAUCAAACGCAGAGAGCCCUGCUUGAUGAAAACGCCACGGCUUUGGACAAGCUCUUCAAAUCCCAGAUAGGAGGUGAUUUCAAAUUCACGGGCCCGGGGACCUGUUGCUUGGACUUUGAUGUCAGAGGAGUUGACAGGGUCGAGGGCGCUGACAGGUCUUGUAAGCACGAAAUUUGCCUGCGGGCAAAAACGAAAGGUAUCUCUUGGAUGGAGAUGGACACGAUAAAAUACUACCAUGCAAGAAUCAUGGCCGAGAAAUCGCACCGAAUGCAAAACGCCCUGCGCAAGCAGAGAGAUGUGGAAUUAGUGCGUGUCAAGAAAGAUGAUGAGGAAGAGGCCGCCUUGAGAGCCCGCAGAAAUGCGAUUUUGGACAAAGCCACUCGCAGCAGUCUCCCUCCCACACCAACAAUGAAGGAUGACAGAAGCAGCAACGCGUUGGAGACCUCAGCGUUAGAUCUGCUCCCCAUGGCAUCCAAAGAUUUUCUCCUCGAUCCCAAAAACAGCGCCAUUCUGGAAGCCGCCAAGGAGAAUGAGCACAUCGUGCGCAGAAUACGGGGACGGCUGGAUAAAAUUCGACACGAUGUGAAUGCCGGAAGAGUCUCACCAGCAGAUGCCCGCGUGAAGCUAGACCAGGCAAACUCUGAGAUGGCGGAAGCCGAGAGGAAGAACAAUGAGUUCCGGCAGAUGAUCCUCGAUGCCGAACCUGCGCUUUCACAACUUCACCAACACUCUGCAUCCAUAGGGACUCGCACAAGCGCCACUUCUCCGGCGAGCUUGACUACAGUGCUUCAAAACACCUUGGCAUCGUCCAAUGCCGACGCCUUUUCUCAAGCCCUCAACGUGAUGAAAGGCUUCUUCAGCGCCUCGGAUCCACAUGACGUCCAAACAGCCAUCACAGACUUACGCAGCGUGCUCGAACUCAACGGCCCGAUGUCUCCAGUCCUCCAAAAAUCCUUCAAAGCGCUAGAAGAGAUGCUCGCGAAACCCAACGCCAAAGGCUUCACGGUUGAUGUCACCACGGGCGACGGAAAGACGAGAACCUGCAAUAAUGUGGUCGAGGUUAUGAUGAAUCUCCGAUUAAAGAUGCAAGCCUCUGACAAUCCUUCCACCGCAGCUGAUCCUGACUUGAAUCUCGAUGAAGACACUAUCAAGGCCAAUCUAGAAUGUAUCAAGGUCGAAGAUGCCGCAAAGAAGGACAUGCAAAAGAUGAUGGAGAAGAUGGCGACAGACACUGCACUGAAUGUCACGACAGCGCUCAAGAAGAUCAAGGCAAAGGCUAUCCUAAAGUCGCCCAUCCCACCACUGUCCGAUAUUGUUCUUGAUGAUGUGAUUAGCGAACUCCUCUUUCAGCGAUCGGUCAACUCGCUGGUCGUCGAAGCAGCAAAGGGUGCAAGCCUGGCGCAACUCUCUGGCAAGGUGACUUCACUGAUCAUUUCGACCUCCCGCAACAGCCCGGGAAAGUACUUGGCGACGCUAAGAAUGACGAAAGAUGUGAUAACGAGAGGGAAGAAAGCCCCGCCUGAGGUACUCCUCGAGGCGGUCUCAAAGGUGGAAGCCUCCAUGACACAGUUUGUCAAAGCCUACGGGGAGAAAAUAAAACAGAUCGAUGCUGAGGAAAAAGCCAGUCCUAACGCCCUUACGAAGCCUAAUGUCCCAACUAAACAUCUCCUGGAGGGUUCUCAUGUCGACAAAAAGGCCUUCGAACUCUUCAAGAAGUUCUUCCGCACUGCAUCCGCAAACGACACCGCAGCAUUGCGAGCUCGUUUUUGUGAAUAUCAUCACAUGUAUAUCGAAGAGGGCAUUUGGAAUAUGCUUCAUGUCGUGCUAAACCAUCAAACUUCGGGCAAAUUCUGGUGGGCAAAUUGGGAGGCUGAAAAGAAAUACUGCAUCGAGAACAUGCAAGUCGCCGCCGCAACGCCGGCUGCAAAGGUCGCUGAUACCGUCUUGCAGCUGCAAGAGCUCGGCAUUUGCCCUGCGAGGGCUGCUAUCAUCCUCGCACAGCGUAUCGCGUUACAGAUGAGGCAGGACGCCGAAGCCGCCAAAAUCAACAUCAUGGCGCUCAGGGAUAUUUACGCGGACUGUGAAUCCCUCAAGCACAAGGAAUGGGCCCGGUCUUUCAACUUCAUCGGUCAAGCCAUGGCAGACACCUUUGCGAUGCUGAUGUUCGAGUUAGUCGGUCAGGUCAAUGUCGAGAUCGCCAUCAUGGCCGCGGACUUUCUGGCUUUCAUAUGCACUUUUGUGCUCGGAUCCAUGGACGCCAUAAGAGCCGAACUUAAUUUACGCUACCUCGAGCAGUUCAUCCUCAGCACUUUGAUGGAAAGUCGUACUCCUAUCAACAAGUGCCGCGAUAUCUUCUCCCGGUACGUCCACAUGUGUCAAGAUUCUUCGAGGUACAGGUGUUCUCCAGACCAUAGAUGUCAAGCGACGUACUCCCGUUUUGUCACUGAGAAGUUUGCCUCGCUCGUCCCUGCCCCACUGAAAGUGACCAAGAAAGAAAAGGAGAUUCAAGAAAAGGCCGCGCCGUCUGCAACUAAAGCCAGUACCGGCCCGCCACGACAUGUCCACAUGCGAGUGACCGUCAAUGCCUACUGGGACGUCGCGAAAAGUCUCACGCCCCAUCUGAAAUGCAUCGAGGGUAGCAAGAAGAAAAAGAAGAAGUGUUUAUGCAGUCGGGCUGACCAGGAGUUUGCCGACGAAAUUCAAGUGCUGAAGCACGCACUCGAUAUCAAUCUGGCUGAACUUGAGACGAUGAUCAAGAAAGGCUUAAACCCCCCCAAGGACUUGUGGGACGUGCUGGAGAAAAACGCUAUGGCUCUGCACGAGCGCCCUGUAACCUAUGAGGGGAACCAAAGAAGAAUAGCAGAGUUGAGGGUAAAAGUAGGGACCGGUCGAUUUGCGGAGAUCCCUCCUCCCAACGAACCUGUGGCCAAGGACUCAACAGGCGCACAACGACAGCUCAGUCUCAAGUCAGUCCCUGUCAACGUCCCCAGCAUCCAAAACAACCUGUCGAGUAACACUUCCGAGAAGGGGAACCUUGAGAAGGAUGCGACAGAGAGCUAUUUGGGACAUCAGAACGAGACAUCUAUCUCGAGCGAGCCAAAUGCAGUGAUAUCCGAGACCAAGUCAGCUUCCACAGCCGACCAGGAGGACGACGACUCCGACUGGCGAAUGACGGACCGAGAAGUUGAGAUCAGGGACCGGCUCCUCACAUUCUCUGACAGCGUAGACAUGAUGCACUCAUUUGCGUCAGUCAUGCAUCAUGGCGUGAACGACCUCGCUCUGGAUGGCGUGGCGUGGCAAAUCGAAGACAUGCUCAUCGGCCACGUGGAGAUGGCGUGGAUUAUUGCCAAAGCUCAGGGAUACAGCGCACUGCAAACCUGGAUGGAGUACUAUUACGCACAGACCAUGCCCACUCCUCUCGGGGAGAACUUCAAAGUUAACGGCAGCGGCGAUUACGGUACUGAUGGAAGCCUUGCCGACGCAAACGCAAGGAAGAAGUCCAUAGCAUUCGACAUUAUCAGCAAGAUGGGCGCCGCGAAAGGGAAACCGCAGUCGCAAAUCACAGGGCCUACACCUGCAGGGACAGCGGGAGCAGCAGGGUCAGCGAACUCUGUGGUCACCAAUGCCGCAGCGCCGCCAGAUCCCUUCCCUGUUCAACAAGCCGGACAAGCAGCGGCCGACAUAGAACGACUCGGUCGCAAUUUCCUCUCGCAGAUGCAAGUUGUCUCGAAUCGCCGCAAGCGAAUGCCGAAGCGCAAGUGGUAG